CGAGUCUAGUCCUUGCCGGGAGGGGUGCCCGAGACGCCGGGGAGCGCGCACCAUGAAGUCGGCACUGUGCAGCCGCUUCUUCAUCCUCCUGCCCUGGAUCCUGAUCGUCAUCAUCAUGCUGGACGUGGAUCCCCGCAGGCCCGCGCCCCAACUCACUUCGCGCCCCUACUUCUCGCCCCACACAGUGGGCUGCGGGGGCUCCCGUGUCCCGCUCCGACGGAGCAGCCUAGGGCGUGACGCCGCCGAGAAGCGCAACGAGUCUCGGCCUCCGCCGCAGCCGGAGCCGCGGUUGCCCACCAUCUAUGCCAUCACGCCCACCUACAGCCGCCCGGUGCAGAAAGCCGAGCUGACCCGCCUGGCCAACACGUUCCGCCAGGUGGCGCAGCUGCACUGGAUCCUGGUGGAGGAUCGAGCCACACGCAGCGAGCUGGUGAGCAGCUUCCUAGCGCGGGCCGGGCUGCCCAACACGCACCUGCACGUGCCCACGCCGCGGCGCUACAAGCGACCGUGGCUGCCGCGCGCCACCGAACAGCGCAACGCGGGCCUCGCCUGGCUGCGCCAGAGGCACCAGCACCAGAGCGCGCAGCCCGGCGUGCUCUUCUUCGCCGACGACGACAACACCUACAGUCUGGAGCUCUUCCAGGAGAUGAGGACCACCCGCAAGGUUUCCGUCUGGCCGGUGGGCCUAGUUGGUGGGCGACGCUAUGAACGUCCGUUGGUGAAAAAUGGCAAAGUUGUCGGCUGGUACACCGGGUGGAGAGAAGACAGGCCUUUUGCCAUCGACAUGGCAGGAUUUGCUGUGAGUCUGCAAGUCAUCUUGUCCAAUCCUAAAGCUGUAUUUAAGCGCCAUGGAUCUCAGCCAGGGAUGCAGGAAUCUGACUUUCUAAAGCAGAUAACAACAGUUGAAGAACUGGAACCAAAAGCUAACAACUGCACAAAGGUUCUCGUGUGGCACACUCGGACAGAGAAAGUCAAUCUAGCCAAUGAGCCCAAGUACCACCUGGACGCAGUGAACAUUGAGGUGUAGACAAAGCCAGCAGAUGCAGAAGAG